UAGAUACAUUGCAAUCGUUUAUCCACUAAAACCACGAAUGACUAAAAGAAAAGCGAUCACUCAAAUUAUAAUCGUAUGGAUCUGUGGUAUAAUGUUUGCGAUGCCGUGUCUUGUCUUCGGUCAGACACUAACCAUACCUUACGACCAAAACAUAAGCCGAACCAUAUGUUUGCUCGAAUGGCCCGACGGUCUGUCCGGACAGUCAGAAUUGGAUUUCAUCUAUAACAUAGUGUUUCUACUGUUGACAUACAUCGUUCCCGUGUCAACAAUGGUCAUCGCCUAUUCACUCAUGGCUCGAGUCUUAUGGGGCUCUCAGGCCAUAGGAGAGGGCGACGCCAACUCUUCGCAACAGCACUCCAUUACCAGAUCCAAGCAGAAAGUGGUCAUCAUGCUCAUUUGCGGUUGGCUCCCAUAUCAUACAUAUUUCUUGUUAACAUAUCACUGGCCAGAACUGAUUUUAUCGCCAUUUAUUCAACACAUAUAUCUCGGCAUCUAUUGGCUCGCAAUGUCUAACUCUAUGUAA